AUGGUUUUUGGCGUCCUGGCUGGUGGCUCACCGGAUAGGCCUGUCUGGCCAAGCAAUAGUAUCCCGGAUAAUCCUGGUCAUGGGGUUUCUCUUUCAUUCAGCCUUCAAAGUUUCAGUGACCAACUGGAUCUUGUCGCCGAGUGGGUGUAUGAAAUGGCAAACGAGGCCGUCGUGGUCCUGCAGCGAACAAUUCUGGAAAGGCAGGCUAAGACAGAUCAACAUGCCACCGCCGACCUGAAUACGCCUUGCUCUCUUAGCAUCUGGCAAGGCCAGCGUCUGAACAUACCGGAUCGGUUAGGUUAUGCAACGUCAUGCUUAGGCGGUGGCCUCCUUGGCGGCUCAUCCAUCAUCCACCACUGGCUGCCACAGAGUGUCCACUAUGCCGUCAUGGCUGCAGGAGCUGGGUAUCGUGAGCGACAUUGA